AUACCCUCUCUCAUUAUUUGAUUACCCCAACUGAAAUAAUUUUUGUAUUUGAAGAGACAAAUUUAAUUAUACUAACACAUAAUAUGGAAACUAAACCUACUAGAGGAAAAACAGGGAUAAGAAGCGUUCAUUGUGACCUCAAAUACACCGAAUAUGAUAAAAGGAUAGCAAUAAGCAAAGUAAAAUACGGCCUAUCAAUUUUGAAACUUAAUUCCAGAGGUAAUCCAAGCCCAAGACGUUUUUAUCUCCUAGAAAAUAACAGCCACAUUCUUCAAUGAAUAUCUCCAAAAAAGCCUCCUCAAGAAUCUAGAGUCCACAUCCAGCACAUUUGAAAAAUAGAAAUUAACCAGAGCUCAACUAAAUUCAGAAAAAAACCGAAACCAAAAGCAAAAGGGAAAUCUGCGUCAAUUUAUUAUGGUAGCAAUGUAUUAGACCUCAUUUUCAAAUCUGAAGAAGAAAUGAUGAUAUGGCUAAGUGGUAUUUUAUAUCUGAUUGACCAAAUCAAAGAAAAGGAUACAACUGAUAAGGAAAGAGAGGUCAUGAAUAUCCAGCAUGUAUGGAGUCAAGCAGAUAGAGAUCUAAGUGGAGGAUUAGAUAUUGAUGAAGUAAGAAAAUCACUGAUUGCGUUAAAUAUUUAUGCAAAUGAAGAUAUUAUUCAAAGGCUUUUUAUAGGCUGUGACGCUGAUAAAAAUGGAAUAAUCGAUCAACAAGAGUUUGAUAUGCUAAUGGACUCUUUAUUAAACAAACCAGAACUUGAUGAUUUGUACAUGAGUUUUGCUUCUACUAUAGCAAAUCAGGUCGGUAUUACUAGACGAUCGUUUUGUAAUUUUUUGAAAGAAACUCAAAGGAUGCAAAAUAUAACAAAGCAGGACUCAGAUGUCAUUUUUCAAAAAUUUUGUGAAGAAACCCCUGAAGGGAUUCAGUUUAUUUCGAAGAAAGGAUUUAGGCUUUAUAUGUUUAGCCCUAACCAUAACUCAAUUUUUUCACAAGAUAAGUUUGAUGUCCACAUGGAUAUGACUCAGCCACUGCAAAAUUAUUAUAUUGAUAGUUCUCAUAAUACAUACCUAGAAGGAAAUCAGUUAACAGGGACUUCCAGUGUCGAGCAAUACUCCAAAACUCUUUUUCGUGGAUGCAGAUGUGUAGAAAUUGACAUUUGGGAUGGACCUAAUGGAAACCCCAAAGUUACGCAUGGGAGGACAUUAGUCAAUCAUAUUGAAUUUCGAAGCGUAGUUGAAACAAUCAAUAUGUCAGCUUUUAACUCUUCUCCUUACCCGAUUAUCUUGUCUCUUGAAAAUCAUUGCUCUUUUGAGCAGCAAGGAGUGAUGGCAGACAUAUUUUUAGGGAUUUUUGGCGACAAAAUUUAUAUACCAGAACCAGGUGCUACUUCUUUUCCGUCCCCUGAAGAGCUGAAAUAUAAAAUCCUUAUCAAAGGUAAAGUGUCUGCUCAGCCGAAUGAUUUUGACACACAAAUGGAUGGAGAGGAAGAAGAAAUAGGAAGAACCUCCACAAGAUCGCCAAGGACUAUGAAGCUGAACCCUAAGUUAAUAUCUCUGAUUUCAAUAGAAGGGCAAAAAAUGGCUAUUGGUGAUAGGCCUUAUCAAAUAAUGUCUUCAGUCACCGAAACAAAAAUGAAAAAAAUGGUUGAAAAGUAUGGGUCAAAAACCAUUAUAGAGUACCAUAAAAAGAACUUAACAAGGAUAUAUCCAGCAGGGUCUAGAGUUAGUUCUACUAAUUAUAAUCCGGUUGAUUUUUGGCUUGCUGGUUGUCAAGUUUGUGCUUUGAAUUACCAGAAAGGAGACCUGGGAAUGCUCUUAAAUUAUGGCUGGUUUCAAAUAAAUGGAGGAACGGGCUAUGUUCUAAAGCCUAAUAUUUUGACUGAUGCAAAUACAUUGUUUGAUCCUAAUGGUUUGGGAAUGGAAAAUCCACUAUUUACAUUUGAGGUAGAAGUAAUAUCAGCGCACGGAUUGCCAAAGUCAGGUAAGGAGCUAGGACAAAUUGUAAAUCCUUAUGUCGAAAUUAAAAUUCAUGGGAUCGAAAAAGAUCAGGCCACAUCUUUAACUUCUGUGAUUCAGAACAAUGGCUUUAAUCCUAUAUGAAAUGAGGAGUUUACCUUUUCUAUAAGAAUGCUUGAAAUGUCAAUGGUUUCUUUCAGGGUUUAUUCAAAAUCAUCUUUUAAAAACCGUUUACUUUGCCAGUUUGCAAUUCCAAUAAAUUGUGUUCGAAAUGGAUAUAGAGUAAUACCUCUAAUAGGGAAGCACUUCUUUAUUUUGCCAAAUACAUUUUUACUUAUUAGAACAAGACUUACACCAAUAUUUAGUAGUUAA